CCAGCCCCGUUGCCCCUCCCCCCGACGCCACCCAGAAUUACACACAUACACACAUACAUCCGAGCCGACGCCAGCCUUCGGUCGCGGCCGGUGGUUCGCCGCCGACCGCCGCCUCACGCCGCCCGCUCCCGUCCCGCCCCGCUCCGGCGCCGCGCCCCUCCCGCCUCGGCCCCGCCCGCGGUCCCUGGGCGCUGUUUCCCCGAGGUAUCAUUCCUCCUGUUAUCCGUGUCGUUUGAUGCGGUUUAAUGGCGAGUAAUAUGCAGACUCCUGGUCCGCCUCAGCCCCCCCGGCCUCCUAUGAUGGGUUCUACCGCACCACAAAAUAUGGGACAACCAAUGCCCAUGCAGUGGCCACCAGGUCCGCCACAACAGCCUCCUCAGUUCAUGCAACCAGCGCCACAACAGUAUCGGCCUGUUGGUCAGGCCAUGCCAGGAGUUAACAUGGGCAUGCCAGGGCAGAUGCAACAUUUUCAGCAACCUGGGCCACAUAUUCCUCACUCUGGUCAUGUUCCGCCUGCAUCGCAAGCUGUUCCUAUGCCGUACCAGGCAGCUAGACCUAUGUCAUCAGCUCCUAUGCAGCCACAGCAGCAAGCUGUAUUCCCUGGUGGACUUAUGCCCACCAUGGGCACCCCUAUGCCGCCUCCUUCUUAUACCUAUCAACCAACAUCGGUUCCUCCUGGAUCUCAACCCUGGGGCACGGCCCCGGGUCAGGGCGCACCUCUUGUGUCGCCGAUGGUGCAGCCUGGGCAUCAGUCUCUCUCAGCUUCAGUGCCCCCAGUGAGCUCAACUGAACCUAGCUCUGCGGAUUGGCAAGAGCACAGUUCAGGGGAUGGAAAGAAGUACUAUUACAAUAAGAGGACAAAGCAAUCAAGUUGGGAGAAACCUGCUGAGUUGAUGACCCCUUUGGAGCGGGCUGACGCUUCAACUGAAUGGAAAGAAUUUACUACAGCAGAAGGACGGAAGUACUAUUACAACAAAGUGACAAAGCAAUCCAAAUGGUCUAUUCCUGAUGAGCUAAGGAUUGCACGUGAAUUAGCAGAGAAGACAUCAAAUCAGCAGCCUGUCCGGGAGAUUGAAUCCACUGCUGUUGCCCCUGUUGGAUCCACUUCUGUUGCCCCUGUUGGAUCCACUUCUGUUGCCCCUGUUGGAUCCACUUCUGUUGCCCCUGUUGGAUCCACUUCUGUUUCUGUGGAGCCUUCCUUACCUGCCAAACAGUCUUCAUCUUUAGUAGGAACAAUUGCUCCAAGCUCCCAUGAUGCGAUAGCAAACUUGCCUCCUCCUGGUGCUGGACCGUCGUACAAUGGGGAUAUAUCUUCUUCUAGUUCCAUGCAAAACGGUGGAACAAGUGCUGCUGUGGUUGCCCCUGUUACAACGAGCACGGGAAUUCCAUCAGUUGCAAGUGAUGCAGGGACAAACAGAAGCACUUAUGGAAGUUCAUCUCUACCUAGUACUACUGACACAAAAGUUGGAGCAUCUGCUGAAGAUUUGGAGGAGGCCAAAAAGACAAUGCCAACUGCAGGGAAGAUCAAUGUUACUCCGCUGGAGGAUAAAACAAGUGAAGAAGAACCUGUUGUUUAUGCUACUAAGUUGGAAGCAAAGAAUGCAUUCAAGUCCCUGCUUGAAUCAGCAAAUGUUCAGUCUGAUUGGUCAUGGGAUCAGGCCAUGAGAGUUAUUAUAAGUGACAAAAGAUAUGGUGCUCUGAAAACUCUUGGAGAGAGAAAGCAAGCUUUCAAUGAGUACUUAAACCAGCGGAAAAAGAUUGAAGUUGAGGAGAGGCGUGUCAAGCAAAGGAAAGCACGUGAUGAUUUUCUCACAAUGCUGGAAGAAUGUAAGGACCUUACAUCAUCACUGAGAUGGAGCAAAGCAAUUACUAUGUUUGGGCAUGAUGAAAGGUUCAAUGCUGUUGAACGCCCCAAGGAGCGUGAAGAUUUAUUUGAGAACUAUCUCGUGGAGCUGCAAAAGAAGGAAAAAGCAAAGGCUGCUGAAGAGCACAAAAGACGCAUAGCAGAAUAUAGAGAAUUUCUUGAGUCAUGUGAUUUCAUCAAGGCAAACUCCCAGUGGCGAAAAGUUCAAGAUCGGCUAGAGGAUGAUGAACGCUAUGCCCGACUUGAGAAGAUUGACCGCUUGGAUGUUUUUCAAGACUAUAUAAGGCAUCUUGAGAAAGAAGAAGAAGAACAGAAGAGAAUUCGGAAGGAGCAAUUAAGGAGACAGGAACGGAAAAACCGCGAUGAGUUUCGGAAGAUGAUGGAAGAACAUGUUGCUGAUGGCACACUUAAUGCAAAAACUUACUGGCGUGACUACUGUUCACAGAUAAAAGAUUCACGUGCUUACCUGGCAGUUGCUUCAAACUUGUCUGGCUCGAUGCCAAAAGAACUCUUUGAUGAUGUCAUGGAGGAGCUUGAUAAGCAGUAUCAAGAUGAUAGGGCUUUAAUUAAAGAUGAAGUGAAAUCUGGAAAGAUUCCUAUGUUGGCCUCAUGGACAUUAGAGGACUUCCAAGCUGCUGUUACUGAGGAUGAAAAAUAUAAAGGAGUGUCGAACAUAAAUAUCAAGCUUAUUUAUGAGGACCAAAUUGAAAGGCUCAAGGAAAAGGAUCUAAAGGAGGCCAAGAAGCGUCAGCGACUGGGUGAUAAUUUUCUGGAUCUACUGUAUUCAAUCAAGGAAAUUACUGCUGCUUCAACAUGGGAUGAUUCUAAAUCACUAUUUGAUGAUACCCAGGAAUACAGGGAUCUGGGUGGCGAGACAUAUGCUAAAGAGCUUUUUGAAGAGUAUAUUGCCCGCCUCAAAGAAAGGCUUAAAGAGAAAGAGCGCAUGAGGGAAGAAGAGAAGGCGAAGAAAGAGAAAGACCGUGAAGAGAGAGAAAAGAAGAAAGAGAAGGAAAAGGAAAAGAAGGAGAAAGAUCGCAAAGACAAAGAAAGAGACCGAGAGAAGGAAAGAGAAAAGGAAAAAGGAAAAGACCGGUCAAGGAGAGAUGAAAUGGAUAUUGAUGAUGAUGUGGAAAUUCAUGCCUCAAAAGAUAAGAAACGAGAGAAGGAUAAAGAAAAGAAGCAUAAAAGGCGCCACCAUGACACCACAGAUUCUGAAAGGGAUGAGAAGGAUGACUCGAGGAAAUCUCGAAGGCAUAGCAGUGAUCGCAAGAAAUCUAGGAAGCACACCCAUGCUUCAGACUCAGAUAGUGAAAACCGGCAUAGAAGACACAAAAAGGAUCGAGAUAGUUCCCGCAAAAAUGGUGGGCAUGAGGAGCUUGAAGACGGUGAACUUGGAGAAGAUGGGGAGAUCCGUUAGGCUUUGCUUUUACCUCCAAGAUUUGGAAGCGGACGUUUUGGUUUCCGGUUAUUGUUGCUCUCUGUUGGUGAAUCAUGUUCUGCAGUAUGUCUAUUUUCGGCCUGUAAGGUUUAUAUGAUCUGUUUAUGAAACUUUGCGUGAGUUCAGUUGUGUGUUAUUGUUUAACUCGCAUACUGCUUGAGGUAUACAUUUUUCUGCCAGUUUGUACUCC